CACCUGACUAAUUUUUGCAUUUUUAGUAGACACAAGGUUUCACUAUAUUGGCCAGGCUGCUGUCAAACUCCUGACCUCAGGUGAUCCGCCUGCCUCGGCCUCCCGAAGUGCUGGGAUUACAGGAGUGAGCCACCGUGCCCAGCCGAAGGACCAUUUUUAAAGAAACGUAGACAAAAAUGUUCCUGUUACUUUAAAAAGCCACAGGGUAGGAGGAGAUGAGUACAGAGAAUAGGAGAUAGGAGUACAGAGUGUAGAGGAGCCUGGUGACCCAAAGCUUCCAAGGGCGACCCCAGGUUUCUUCUGAGCACCUCUCUAAACCCAGCACACAAACUAGGUGGACAACAGAAAUGUAUUCUCUUACAGCCCUGCAGGCGUGAAGCCCUACAUCAUAGUGUGGGCAGGGCCACACUCCCUCUGAAGGCUCUGUGGCUUCUGGUGGCCCUGGGCAUUCCUUGGCUUGUGGCUGCAUUACUCUAGUCUCUGCCUGUCUUCACACAGCCAUCUUCUCCCUGUGUGUCUGUCUCUGUGUCUCUUCUGAUAAGGACAUGAGUCAUACUGGACUAAGGGACCCCCCUACUUAGGAUCAUGACCUCAUCUUAAGUAAUUCCAUCCACAGGGACCCUGUUUCUAAAUAAGGUCCUACUUAUAGGCGUGGGGGUUAGGACUGCAGCGUGUCUCUGCAGAGACACAGCUCACCCCCAGCGCUGUCUCCCGAGGGGAUUCCUGCAUGUCAGACCCUGCCCCCGGCUCUGGCUAUUAUCCUGGAGUGUGCACCUGGAGGCCUAGGUGGGGUCACCAAGUGCAGGGACAGCUAGGCUGGCCCCUCUGGGAUGGAACAACUAACCCCCCUGGAGACUGUGCCUGCAGGUGUCCAUCACCUUCAAGGACUUGGCAGUGCGGUUCUCGGAGGAGGAGUGGCGGCUCCUGGAGGAGGGGCAGAGGGAGUUCUACCGGGACGUGAUGCGGGAGAACUACGAGACGCUGGUCUCCGUGGGGACAGCUGAGCUGCUCCCCCUCUCUGCUUUCCUGUCACCCUCAGAGUCUGGAGGAGCUGUCGUGGGAGGGAGCCACGCUGAUGAGGGGCAGGAGCCUGCUGGUGGCGGAGGUCCCCAGUCUGGUGAAGGAGAUCCCAGAGUUCUUGUUUGGGGAAGUCAAGGGCGCUAUGGACAGCCCCGAGAGCGAGAGCCGGGGAGCCAGCCUGGAUGGAGAGAGAGUGAGCCCCGAGGCAGCUGUGGCAAGAGAGCCUUGCCCUCUCCGAGGCCUGCUCAGCUGCCUUCCAGAUGGCCCUGCCAGCCAGCCCCGCCUGGCCGCCACGCCCACCGACAGCUUGUGCUCCAGUGGCCCAACUGGUGACGGGGUCCAGGGAAGUCCUCUCCCCAUCAAAACUGGCGACAAACCAUGGCCUAUAAGGAAGGAAGGCCCAGGAGCCCCGGGAGCCCCGGGCGGGGAGCCCAGCCCUCCCACCCUUAGCCCCAGCAGGAGGAAGAGCCGCAGAGAACAGGAGAGAGGGACCUCGGAGGCCGGAAUUUCUCCUGGGAACGGCCCCUUGCAAGGCCUCAUCAACUGUCUGAAGGAAAUCCUCGUGCCUGGGCCCCAGCACCCCGAGACAUCCCCAAGAUUCCUGCCGCCUCUCCCCAGCUUGGGCACGUCCAGGCUAACCAGAACAGACCUGGGGUCUGGGAGCCCGCCCUGGGCAGUGAAGACCGAGGCAGCUUCAGGGGAUUGUCCCCUCCAGGGUCUGCUAAACUGUCUGAAGGAGCUCCCCGAGGCCCAGGACAGGCAUCCCAGUCCCUCGGGAGCGGGGAACCCACGUCUGCAGGAGAAUCCAGGGGCCUGGAAAAGGGGUUCUGGAGGGCCUGGACACCUCCUGACCCCUCCUCCCCGUCCUGGUCUUGGAGCUGGCAGCCUGCUCUCUGUGAAGAUGGAGAACAGCUGGGUCCAGAGCCCCCCAGGACCCGCAUCCUGUCAGCCUGGCAGGCAGCCCCUCAGUCCCUCAGCCACUGGAGACAUCAGAGGGGUCCCCCAACCCAGCCGGGGCACUGAGGCUCAAGCUACCAGUGCCUCAAGCUCACCGCUGGAAGCCCUGGAAGCCUGCCUGAAGGGCAUUCCCCCAAGUGGGUCGUCACCUUCCCAGCUGCUGGCCACUUCUUGUUCCCAGAACCCCCAGCCAGGAGGCUCUGGGUCUCAGAGGCCUGAACUGCAGCCCCACAGAUCACACAGUGAAGAAGCGACCAGAGAGCCUGUUUUGCCUCUGAGCCUGCAGGGCUGUGUGAGAGAUGGCCCCACCCGGCCCCCAGUCCCCCGAGGAACCCCCACCAGCUUCUCCUCAUCCAGCAGCACUGACUGGGACCUGGAUUUUGGGAGCCCUGUGGGGAGCCAGGGGCAGCAGCCUGGAAAAGGAAGCCCGCCAGGAAGCUCCCCACUGCAGGGUCUGGAGAACUGUCUCAAGGAGAUACCUGUGCCUGUGCUGCGGCCUGCCUGGCCCUGCUCCUCAGCAGCAGACAGGGGACCGAGGAGAGUGGAGCCCAGGAACUGGACAGCAGACAAGGAAGGACUGAGGGCCGAGGCCUGGGAGUCAGCCUGUCUUGGGCACGGUAGGGGAGAAGUGCCCACCCGGAGCCUCCGUCUGGUCAGCCCACAGGUGUUCACCUCCAGCUGCGUCCCCGCCUGCCACCAGCGGGGGCUCAAAGACCCUGGGGCCACCAGGCCAGGAGUGUGGAGGUGGCUCCCAGAGGGGCCUGCCCCCAAGCCCUCCCCGCUGCACUGCCUGGAGAGCGCCCUGAGGGGGAUCUUGCCUGUACGGCCCUUGCGUUUCGCCUGCGUGGCAGGCCCCAGCCCCAGCCCCAGCCCCGGCUCCAGCUCGAGCUUCAGCGGCUCUGAAGGAGAAGACCCGAGGCCGGAGCCCGAGCUCUGGAGGCCGCUCCUCCAGGAGAGGGACCGCCUUCCCAGCUGUAAGCCUCCUGUCCCUCUGUCCCCAUGUCCUGGUGGGACCCCUGCUGGAAGCAGUGGCAGCAGCCCUGGUGAAGACCCCAGGAGAACAGAGCCCAGGUACUGCAGCGGCCUUGGUGCAGGUACAGCUGGGGAUCCCUGCCCUGUUUCUCGGCUGGAGAAAAGACCCAGGGUUAGUGAAGCGUCCAGAGGCCUGGAGCUUGGACAUGGAAGACCCAGAGUUGCAGCCAAGACCCAUGGGAGGCUGCUCCCCCAGGUCCCGCCUGAGCCACCCCGUGAGUCUCCACCUCCGGAGCUGCCCCCUCAGGAAGCCGCGCCUCCCGUAUUGCCAGCCUCCUCCCCGCAGCCGCCGUGCCCCUGUGGGAAGCCCCUGCAACAGGAGCUGCACAGCCUCGGUGCUGCCCUCGCAGAGAAGCUGGAUCGCCUCGCCACGGCGCUGGCAGGCCUGGCUCAGGAAGUGGCCACCAUGAGGACCCAGGUGAAUCGGCUGGGGAGGCGUCCCCAAGGCCCUGGGCCAAUGGGCCAACCUUCCUGGAUGUGGACCCUCCCACGGGGACCUCGCUGGGCUCAUGGCUCUGGUCACAGACACCUGCCCUACUGGAGGCAGAAGGGACCCACAAGGCCUAAACCAAAGAUCCUGCGUGGCCAGGGAGAGGGCUGCAGGGCGGGUGACCCGCCAGGACUCUCCAGAGGGACCGCUCGCCGGGCACCUCCGCUGCCUCCAGACGCUCCCCCAGCAGAACCUCCUGGGCUCCACUGCAGCUCUUCCCAGCAGCUGCUGUCCUCCGCACCCAGCUGCCACGCUGCGCCGCCUGCGCACCCCCUCCUCGGACAUACCGGGGGCCACCAGAGCCCCCUUCCCCCUUUAGUGCCUGCUGCCUUACCUCUGCAGGGAGCUUCUCCUCCUGCAGCCAGUGCGGAUGCAGACGUGCUGACCUCGGGAGUGGCACCAGCAGGGAUCCCAGACCGGCCUAAGGAGCCGAGCAGCCUGCUGGGAGGAGUGCAGAGGGCACUCCAGGAAGAACUGUGGGGUGGGGAGCACAGGGACCCGAGGUGGGGGGCGCAUUGAUGGCAUUCCUCUUCUCCACAUCUGCUCAUUCUUGCCAAGGGUGCAGUGGUGGUGUGGAAGCCCUGUCACCCAACCCCAGGCCUCCCUCUCCCAGGGGAUGCCAUCUCUCUUAACUGUUGCUGGGAGCCUCACCCUUUGUCCCAACUGGGCAGAGCCCCCAGGUGCUGUUUGCUCAGGAGGCUGCUGUGGGGGUACCUUCCUCAGCCUCUGGCCCUCUUGGCUCAGAUUCAAUCAAAUGUUGCUUCCCUCUCCUGUCUUUCCCACUGGAGCCGCCCAGGCUUGUAGGUGGGUGGUGUGCACAGGCCAUGUGUGCCCCACAUAUGCAGGGAGUGCCCCACACAGCUAGAGUGGCCAGGAGAGCGCCUCCUAACCACCAGCCAUUCCUGAUCUCAGGAGUCAUGAAGGGCUGGGCUCUUGCCUUCCUGGAGUAAAUACUGGCACAGAUUUCAUUUGAAGAGAACUCGGCCGCUUGGUCUAAGCUGGACUUACCUCUGUGGAUUCUGAAAUUAAAGAAGUGAGUUGCUAAGGAAGGCCCUGACCUGACCCCUGUAGAAGGGAGCUCCAUGCGGGCCCACGGUGGGGUGGGGCUGGUUGUGCCACCAGCAUGCUGCCUCGUCUCCCGACAUUCUUGAGAACAUUCAAGAGUGUGCCAGGAAGGGUGGGGGAAUUCCCACAGGACUCAUAGGACUCCCAGGGCACACUCUGUGAGUCCCCCGGGGCUGCCGCACAGAGGACCCCUGACUGGGCAGCUUCAACAGCAGCAUUUACUGUCUCUGUCCUGGAGGCCAGAAGUCUACAGUCCAGGUGUCAGGGUCGGUUCCUUCUUCGGGCUGGGAGGGAGGAUCUGUCCCGGGCCUCUCCCCUUGGCCUGUAGAUGGCUGUCUUCCUGUUCAGAUGGUGUUUUCUACACAGCUGUCUCCAAAUUUCCCCAUCACAUCAGGGCAGCAGUUGUAUGGAAUUAUGACCCACCCUAAUGAGUCCAUGUUAACCUGAUGACCUCUCUAAAUACCCCCUCUCCAAGUGAGGUCACAUUUGGAGGUACUGGAGGUUAGGCUUCUACCAUAUACUUUUGGGUAGGGGCACGGUUCAGCCUGUAAUACACCGAAGGAGCUGGGCCAGUUUUCUUGGGUUUGUAUUGGGAAAAGGCAUGACCAGGCAUCGCUAGCCCACUUGUGUCCUGGUUAUCGGAAUGUGCCUGCUCCCAGCCCGCUCAGCUGGCGCUUGGCAGUGUGUUGGAACUGGCCUGCCCGUCAUUCCCUUGCGUCAUCUUCCCAAGAGGCAAAAUGCAACCUGUGUGCCCCCAAAUCCCUUAUUUGACCUGGGUGGCUUCAGGACCUGUGUGUACACCUGUUGCCUGGCAGGGUCAGCCUGGUGUGGGCUGGCACACUUGGCCCUGUCCUCAGGUCCCUGAGGAGCCUGGGACACCAGCACUAUGGCCUGGGGCAAUGCUGGCUGCCCACCAUGACUACAGGAGCAGUGCCUUGUGGCUGCAGCACCCAGUAUGUCCCUAAAGUCAGGGUCACUGGGGACACACCCGGAGCCUAAGUGUCCCGCAGCUGAGCAAGGGGCUUGGGAGCUGAAGCCCUUGCUCUUUGCCGCCCUGUGAAAGCAGCAGGGCAAGGACACCUGUCAGAGGGGAUGGGAAGAUGCUUUCUGGACUAGAGUGAGCCCCGAGGUGACUGGAAACAGAUCCUAAGAUCAUGCAAGUAGGAUGUUUGUUGAAAUACGGAGGCUCUUCACUCACAGCCAUGCUUGCACAGAAUUAGGAAGAGAAAGGCUCUAGACUGCUCCCGCCUGAGGAGCUCUCCUUGUGGUAAUAAGCAGGGAGCAGUGCCGGGCACGUUUCAGAGCCACAGCAAGGGGUGGGACACAGUUUCAGAGGAGGGUUGAGAAGCGAAACCGCCCCUGCCCUGACUCUGACUGUGAGGAGAGGACUCUUGCCCACCCCUGCUGCAUCUGGCCCAGUCCUGUCCUGCCUCCCUGUCCUCCCAUUGUCCUUUCCCUUCUAAGCAGGGGUCACUGGGCUGUUGGCUCAGUGGGAGGGGGGCCACCUUACACUUCCAUGUGGCACAUUAAGGUGGUUUUGCUUUGCUGGCUUCAGAAACAGCCACCACACAAACCCUAGUUGACAGGCACAAAUGAACAAAUGAGCGUGGUGGCUGUAAGUGACUGUCACAGGCAGCCUUCAACCAGCAGAGCUGGGAAGAGAGCACGAGCCCUCACCAGUGCCACCAGCACUUGGCACAUCUUCACCCUGGGCACAGAUGCCCCCUUCCGGCCUUUGCCUGCUGAGACAGACGAGGGUAUUCAGGACUGAGCCUGGUCUAAGUGGUCUGGACCCAGCUGGACCAUGUAAGUUUAAAAUUGUUUUAAGAAUGUGGAUUCUAAGUAAUCAGUGGUAAGAAGUUCCAUGGUCUGCAGCUGUGUUCCUCCUGCAGAAGCAGGUGCCUAGGUCUAGGUCUCCAGGACCUGUCCACGGUCACUGAAAUGCCUUCUAGCAUCAGUGAUCUAGUGAAAAAAAUCUAGAUGCCAUUGAGGUCUUUGGUACUGUGCCCAUCUCCUCUAGGAACUGUACAGUGUGACUUGGAAGAGGAGAUGUGGUCACUUUGAUGGGAGAAACGGAAGGAACUUUUUGAAUUCAGAGGAGCUCCAGGGUCUGGGGUGGGGGCAGAGAAGGCUCCAGGCUGCUCAUUCCAUCCUGGGUGAGCCGAAUGGGUCCUGGCUGACCUAGGUGCGACCCUCCCAGUCUGCCAGUCAGAGUUCCCCAGCAGGCAGGAACAUGUGAAGGUUCUGCUUCAAAAUACGAAUGAAAGGGUUCCUCGUGCCCCUAUUAUUUCCUGGCCACUCCCAGGGGUCCUGAAGGAAGGGAGGCUGACCUGCAGGGUGCAAGAACCAUGAUUCACUGCUGCCCACAAAGGUGCUUGGUCCAGAGCACCAGGCAUGCUGUUAACCUUUGUAUGGGUUUGUGUUUUGGAUGUGGCUCCUAUACACAACGUACAGAUUUUAUCUCAUAAACCAUCUUGACAGGUUUUGCUCUUCACUGGGAGCCCUUAAUCCAUUUAAGUGUAAUCGACUGACUGAUUUAUUUAGGCUUUAACAGACUUUCUUUCUUUGUGCUUUUUGUUUGUCCCACCUCUUCUGGGGCUUUCUCUUCCCUGCCUUAUUUUGUAUUAACAUUGUUGUGGGUUUAAAAAAAAAUCGUUCCAUUUUUUCCUC